GUAAACCAAAAUAGUGUUUUACAAAUGCGAAGUUAAUACUUUAAGAAAUUAUACGCCUCUUGGUUGUUGAAACCCAAGAAAAAUAUGGACAUCUCAUGGCAUUGAACCAUUGUUUCCCAAGACAAUUUUCAUGUUGCCAAGCAGCUUUGUCACUUGUGAGCAUGAACAAAUUGUUAAUGUCCAGAAUUUGCUCUUAAUGUGUUAACAUUUCUAUCAAUUUCAUUCAUUUUGAAUUAGAAUUCCAUUCUUGGGUGAAUUUACUUGCCAGAAUGCAGUAAUGGCAGAGCGCUUCAUCGAAGCAGGUAGCCCUUAUGUCCUAAAACUGGAGAAGGCUGAUGUGUACAGGUUACCGUAUUUGUCGAGCAGCGGUCCUGGUUUUGCUCUACUUGAUGCGGUAAAGAGAGCUAAUUUCAAGGACAUCCAAAGCCAGAUAUCAUCUGGUUUUGCCUCUGGGAGUUGGGAUAAACCAACUCUAGUGACUUGGGGAAUAUCAGAUAAGUAUCUUCCACAAUCAGUGGCUGAAGAGUUUCAAAGGGGAAAUCCCGAAUUUGUCAAGCUUAAACUGAUUGAAGGUGCAGGCCAUAUGCCGCAAGAAGACUGGCCCGAAAAAGUUGUCGAUGCCUUGAGAUCAUUUCUCUAAGCUAUGGCUUCCCGGCAUAUGAUGAAAUGGUAUGAACUUCAUGUGUUUGUCCAACUAUGAGUCAUGAUGUGUGAGACCUCACUUGUGUUGCUGGAUCAAUUUGGGUGACACAUAUAUAUGAUCAAAUGUGGUUGUCGGAACUGGUAUUAAAUUUAUUGUAUUUGGGUGACACUUAUAUGAUCAAAUAUGGUAUGAGACCAACAUUUUGCAACAAACCAAAACAGAGAAUGGGAUAACAUAUGCUGACAUUGCACCAAUGUAUCACUCAUUGAUGAUAACUAAUUGGGCAAUUAGAGUUGAUGUCAAAUAAUUCUGGAAGUAAUGG